AUGAACUGGUUAAUAUGGAGAGAGCAAAAGCUGAAUAAGAAUCGAUUUAACAGAGCAAAGCGGCACCGGUCCGGCGGCUCCGCGGCCUCCCGCGUGCCGGGCAAGAUGGCUUCGCGUGCCCUGCUGUGGCACGCGUGCCGGGGGCUGCCCAUCCCCGACCUGGAGAAGAUCGCCUUGGACUACAUCGUGCCCUGCCUGCACGACAUCGGCUUCUGCUACCUGGACAAUUUCUUGGGCGAGGUGGUGGGGGACUGCGUGCUGGAGCGCGUGAAGCAGAUGCACUACAGCGGGGAGCUGCAGGAUGGGCAGCUGGCCGGCCAGAGACACGGCAUCGCCAGGCGGCACUUGAGGGGAGACCAGAUCAAGUGGAUCGGAGGCACGGAGGAAGGGUGCGAGGCCAUCAACUUUCUCUUGUCCCUGAUAGACAGGCUGGUGAUGUAUUGUGGCACCAGGCUGGGCAACUACUAUGUCAAGGAAAGGUCCAAGGCUAUGGUAGCCUGCUACCCCGGGAAUGGAACUGGGUAUGUUCGUCAUGUGGACAACCCAAAUGGUGAUGGGCGCUGUAUCACUUGCAUAUACUACCUGAAUAAAAACUGGGACUCGAAGUUGCAUGGUGGAAUGCUUCGGAUAUUCCCAGAAGGAAAGUCCUAUGUGGCAGAUGUUGAGCCCAUUUUUGACAGAUUACUCUUUUUCUGGUCAGACCGAAGGAACCCACAUGAAGUUCAACCUUCCUAUGCAACCAGAUAUGCCAUGACUGUGUGGUAUUUUGAUGCUGAAGAAAGAGCAGAAGCCAAAAAAAAGUUCAGGAAUUUAGCUGAUGCAGGGAAGAGAGAAGCAACUCUCAAUGAAGACUAAACAGCUGCCUGAACUCUUUUUGCAAGCAAUCGAAUCCAAAGAUGACUUGUUAAUUUCCAGUGAACCACUGGACAUUCUUACACAUAAGAAUGCACUGUCUCUGUCUAGCACAUACAUAAUACAUCAAUGGUACUCCUGGCAGUCUCCAGUCAUACCUGCAUCUAGCAGAAGGAACCCUUGUUUUCUAUUUGCCUUUAACUAAAAAAGUAACUGGGGUUUGAGUAAGAGAAGGAUACUGCUAAGCCUAAUGUUAGUGAAUAAGCCAGCUGGCUUUUGGUAAUGCUGGUAAUAAAGAUGACAAGUAUUGGAACCAGUGGGGAAAAACCUGAGUCUUAUUUGCACUUUAUGUAAAUUUUCUAGCUCAAUGGGAAGGAGCUUUACAAAUUAAAAUCUGUGGCAGACUGUAGAUGGGCUAGGCAAGAUACUGAAAAUGUGAAAUUAAACUAAGUAUUUAUAAAGGGUCAUCUUUUGUUAUGCUAAACGUGGGGCCAUUGAUGGACUGCUAAUCACUUUGCAGCACAAAGCAUUGGCUUAACUCUCCUAUUUUCUUACUUUCUAAGAAGAUAAUCAUCCACAUUGUCAUCAAAUGGCCUGUAUUUUAUUCAUAUUUCAGAAGUUGAACAGCAGCUCUUCAGUUGUUUUGCCUUUGCACAGCACUAGAAAUGAGGGGGGAAGUGGUCAUGCAGACAUCCAAUUUUAUAAACUGUUCCUUUGUGAUCUGAGAUGGAUCUAUGUAUUUUUUCCAUAUAUUUUAUAAAAUGCUGCUUUUCCCCCGAAGAUUGGUCAGCUUGGAAGGUCAUUGAUAGAAAUGCCUUAGGCCUAAAAGCCAAUAUAUUUUUUUUUCUACCUUUACACACCCUCUUUUUUGUAUGAUGGAAGCAUGAAUCUGAAAGGUAAAGUUAUGUUCAGCAGCCAGACAAAUGUAAGAUAUGUAACAACAGCUGGCUGAAGGACUUCAGGAGCCAGAUCCACAAGGGUAUUUAGGUACUGAAAUCAAUGGGAGCAUAGGCACCUAAAUAUGAUUUUGAAGAAUUUGAAUGUAGAAUUUGAAUGUAACAAA